UAUGCAGCCUGUCUUCAUGAGACGUAUAAUGUGUUUCUCAUGAAGACAUACAUAUUUUGAGCGAGAGCUGUUUGAGUUAUCCAUGGCUUCUUUUAUUCUCCUCUUCCUCGUAGAAGCUGCUCGUAGUCUUCUUUGAUUGCUCCCUUAUUUCAUCACACUUCUCUUUAAAUCAAACAUCCAGUUUUUUAAAUCUCCACAGACUGAAAAUUUAUAAAAAUGUCCCGAUUUGGGUUUAAUAAUAGUAGUGGCAACUAUUCUCGAUUCGGUAUUUCUUCCAUUAAAUGGAGCCCUUGUUGUAAACUAAAUCUCACUUCGGGAGCUAAAUUCAUUGCAAUUGCUCAAAUGGUAAUGGCCUUCAUGACUACGAUGUCGGUUGGAAUCGUACUAGUUCUAGUGCUUGCUCUGCAAUAUAACCAGACCACGGAUGAAAGUCCGCUAUACCAAAUUCCGCACAAACACAUGACUCUCCUGGUCCUUCUUAUGGUUGGGUUGUCCUUCUACACGUAUUUGCACUACUACCUCUUCAGGGGGAUUAAGGAGAGGAACUUUGACAAGGUGGACCGUUGGUGGAAGAUCAUGGCAGCCUUAAUCUUCGUCUUCUUCAUCUUGUCCCUCUACACGAUGAAAGUUUUCAACAAGACAUCGAUCGAAUUUUCCGAGGUGUUCCUCUCCCUCUUUGACCUCUACUCCCUCUGGGUCAUCCACGCUUAUCGGAAGGAGCUCUCUGAAGGGGCCGACCACACCGUCGAGUUUGAACGAGUUCUUUAAGAACAAAUAUCCAAAAAUAAUGGGAACAAAACUGUUUUGUGACAGGAAUUUGUAUGACUGAUAAUUUAAGAGACUGAGCGACAAUUUCUGGCUCUUUGGUGUAUAUUUACCCAUUUUGUUGUUCCCGUAAUCCGCAAAAUUGAUAAAAGUCGAGAUGUAAAUAAAAAAGGUGGGUGCAAAGGCUUAACCUUGAUUUAAAA